GACGUGGUGCGGGCGAGCUCGUGGUGGGAGCGCCACGGGGCGGACGGCGCUGUCCUCGCGCUCAGCCUGCUCGCCGUGCUGCCUGGGUUCCUGUGCCUGAGUUCUGAGAACGUCCUGGUCUUUGUCCUGGGCAUCACCAUCCUGGGUGUGAGCCACUCCACGCUCACUGUGAAAGGCAGCCACCUGGCCACUCAUGGUGCUCUCACCGAGUCCAAACGCUGGAGCAAGAUCUGGGCACAUUUCUUUGUGGAGGUGUGCACGGCCUUCCCUGCCGAGGAGGCCAAGUACGGACAUGUCAAAAUGCACCAUGGCUACACCAACGUGCUGGGCCUGGGGGACUCGAGCACAUGGAGGCUGCCUUACCUCAACGCCUAUGUCUACAUGUUCCUCGCUCCUCUCUUGAUCCCCAUCAUCACCCCACUGGUGGCUGUCGAGAGGCUGAGAAAGGCGAAGCUCGGGGCAGCUCUGCGGGCGCUGGGCCUGAUCUCCCUGGGCCUUUAUUCUCACUACUGGCUGCUCCGGAACGUGUCUGGCUUCCAGAGCCCGGGCUCGGCCCUGGUCUGCAUGCUCAGCACCAGAUCCCUGCUGGCCCACCCCUACCUCCAUGUUAACAUCUUCCAGCACAUCGGGCUGCCCAUGUUCUCCCGGGACAAGAAGCCCCGACGGAUUCACAUGAUGAGCCUGGGUGUGCUCAACCUGCCCCGCCUGCCCGUGCUGGACUGGGCGUUCGGCCACUCCAUCAUCAGCUGCCACGUGGAGCACCACCUGUUCCCCAAGCUCUCUGACAACAUGUGCCUCAAGGUGAAGCCCGUGGUAUCCCAGUUCCUCCGGGAGAAGCAGCUGCCUUACAACCAGGACACCUACCUCGCUCGCUUCCGGCUGUUUCUCAGUCGCUACGAGGAGUUCAUGGUGCAGACCCCUCCCAUCACUGAGCUGGUGGGGCUGCAAUGAGGGGUGGGCGGGCACAGUACCCUGCUCCCCUUCCCAGGCCCAACCCUGGCUCUUCCUUUUUUGCUUGCCAUUCCUGGGGCCAGGAGGGCGCAGGCCCUUCCCCAGAGGGCGUGGCUGGGCUACUGGUGGCGGACCUAGAGUGUGGAGGCCCUGGGUGGGCAGGGAGGCAGGGAGCUCGUGCUGGGGGACCUGGGGGGUCACCUGCCCCGCUUGCUUUGCUGAGUUUUGAGGGGUGUUUGGAGGAAAGGAAUAAAGGUGGCUGGGUAUUCUGGCCAACUUCAUCUCAGGACUAAACUGCUGGAUCCCUCCCCACUCCGCCUGAGCCUGGGUAGGACUAAGGGAGGGUGACCGGGUGAGGAGAGGCCU